GAAAGCGUUCACACCUGAUUGUGUAAACCUUUCCCUUACAAAACCUUUCUUUUUUCUCUGUUCGCUUGCCCGCCCCUUGGGUUAGACUCUCUCGACUCAAAUCACCAACUCUUGCUCAUGAUCUCAAGCCAGUAAUUCUACACAAGGCUUCAGGGAAUUCUCUCGUAAAGCCACGUGGAAAUUGAUGGAUAUAUUUGAUCGUUCGUUUGCCAGGAACGCAUCUUGAUUUGUUUAUCGUGUGUAUUUGGAACUCCUCGCUGUGUUCGUUUUCUUUACACAUUUUUUUUAUUCAAGUUCUCGUAGAUUAUGCGCGGAAUUGAGACAGGAUAUCUCAUUGUAAAGUAAGUACACUCGACAGUAAUUAGUGAGGGCAAUACAAACAGUUAACUGGCUUUACAGGACUAAUCUAGAAAACUGAAUAGCCAGAAAAUAUUAAAUGACUAAUUGGACUUCCCCUAAAAGAGUUUGUAUUCGCAAAUGAAACCUGAACAAUAUAGCUGUUCUUUUUUCCAUAGAAACUUUGACGCUUUUCAUCAUACGGCUCUCUUAACUCCUUUUAACAGUGCCAAACGUAUUCAUAAUCUAUAAUUAUCUCACAGAAUGUAAACAACUGGAAAGCUAACAGUAGCAGACAAAACUGUUUACGGCCAUGUUGUGGAACAUUCUAAAUCGAUGUCAUCAAACUCAUGCAAGACGCCCAAAACACACCUUUCAAGUUUUGAAAACUGUGGAAGCCUGGAUCUGUCCCCCGUAACCUGUUCUUGGCAAAAGCUCAAUACAAUUGUGAGAAGAAAAAAAAACUGUUUAGUAGGCCAAGUCCUGACAGGCACACUUUUGAGUCAUAUCCUGGAGGUUGUCAACACGGAGACGACCAUUCUGAACUGUGAAUUUAUCGGACUUUAUAGGAAGAAACGUUUUGUAAAAAGACAUUCACUUGAACGACGUACAGGAUCAAAUUUAUCUCAUAACCCACGCCCAAUUCUCCCACGUGUUUCAACGAGGAUCAAAUGCGUCUUAACUGAGCACACUGUCAUAUCAAUUUAAUACGUUUGUUAUCACACAUAACUUUUCAUAGCAUACAAAAAGUAGUGGCUGUAAGGCUAACCAAUAUUUUUAGAAUUUUCUCCAGACCUGUGUAAAUAAAAGCCAUUAAAAGAGUGGAGAGUGAAAAAAAAAGAAAGUUAUACUGAGCAGUUUAGGUCACCACAACAAAAGAUGUACCCAAAUUAUAAUAAUAUAAUGUGCAAUACAGUAAAUUAAAAACGUUCACCCUAAAUAAACGAAACAAUUACACCCACAACAAAGGCUAACAUUAUUCGAGUGGUUGGCGCCGUAGGCUAAGCAAGCCACUGGUGAGACAGUGUUGCACUGAUAGAUCUACAUGCUCGCAUCGGCUGUGGUGGCGUGCACCGGGGAAGCCAGAGAGGAUGUUGGGAUGUCGUGUGCUGUUCUCCUUGUGUGUCCUCUGUCCACUGCUCUGCAGCAAUACAGCGGCACAGGACACUGGUCUCGAAGCGCACUUGCAGAAGAAGACAGACGAUCUGCUACAAAGUCUUGACCACUACGAAACCAUAAUACCUCAGCUCGUAGACCAUCGAGGCAACUUCCUCAGCUAUGACGUCACACAUUCCAACGCACUACGUCAUCAAAAAGUGCAGAACUCUCGAUCUAAACGUUGGGCGAGGCGGCUACGGUUGAAACCGCACAAGAACAAUAACCCGAACCUGUUUCUGGACGGAUCCGAUCAGCUCGGCAGGAACUCUGUUUUUUACAAAUUGUCUGCUUAUGGAAAAGAGUUCCGAUUCAACCUAACUCUGAACACUCAACUGCUCACGAAAGACUUCGCUGUGGAAUUAUGGGAUGGCUCGGGAAAAGUGGAUACAAGCGAAGAAAUCUGGGACUGCCACUACACGGGUACAAGCUUGGAUAGCCCUGGUUUGGACGCUGCCAUCAGCAAUUGCAAUGGUUUG